ACAGCAAACAAAAUGCAAAAUGAGGAAUAUAUAGCCACAAGCAAAAAACAGCAGAAACUGUAUGAGUUUACAAUGGCGCACGGCAAACUUUACAUCGGCAGUCACAAGCGUACAUAUGUAUAUUUGUCCGUCCGCCAGUCCAUGCGUUCGAUUCCCCGUUUGCUAGUUAGUCGUAUCGUCGUUCGGCUAGCACACCAGCCGUGCGUCGUUCGUUCGUCCGUUUGCACUCAUCCAUUGCGCGGCUACAAAACGUCUAAAAAGAUGACACUCUUUCCGGCUGUAAAUAUGGCCAUCUGCGCUCUGCGAAGAGUCACGUAGACCACGUCAACAACAGCAGGAGAAGAUUACAGAAGCCAGGCAAGAACACAGAACGCAUGACUGGAAGAAAGCAUAUGCAGUCGUAUAUACGGCGAGAGUCGAGCGGAGAGUGCCAUGACAGGUAACCCCCAGCUGAGCUAGCAAGAGAGCGUAUGCAAGAACAACAAUGUGAUUGAAAAAAAAAAUGUUGUAAUGAAAAAAGUAUAUUGAAAAAGAAAAGUAAAAAGGUUGUAAAGUAUAGAGAGCCACCAGGUUUCCCGAGCUGUAAGUGAGGAUAAAGAGCUGUUGAAGUGCGGCCGGUCGGUGGUAUGAGUAGUAGCAAUCUAUAACGAAUGAGAGCGCGGUGCGGAGAGUAGGAGUUGGUGGAAAACUGUGUAAUAUAUGUGCAUGUAGGCUUGGAUCCAGGUUUACCAUGAAAUAGCUGGAUUAUGCGCUAAAAAGCAGAGUUGGGGGUAGUAAAAGCAGUAGCCCCCUUCACCAAUCAUCCCACCUCCCAUUAUCAGCUAGCAACACCUGAGAAACGUUUCUUCAAUGUAAAUGGCCACUCAUUUGUCAUUUCACACUCAAAACUAUUUGCUAUUUGCAUGCUCUCUCUCACACUCCUGCCUUCAAAUAUAAACUAACUAAUAAUGCUCAGCACCCUCGCCUGCCCCACUUCAUCGCCCGAGCGUUCACAUACGAUCGCUGAGCAUUCGGCUAUUGUAAAAUUAAAUUGUACUUUCAUCAUCCUUGCAUCAGCAGCCAACAAAACCAACAACAGCAACUAUGACAAUUGCUUGGGCCCCAACGUCAGCCGAAACGAAGAACAGCAACAAUAAUACACGUUGCCAACAUUAAUUGCAUCAACAAAUGCAUUUGAUCACCAACGGCCGCAUAAAUAGAUAGAGUCUACCUGGUUUUCUUCCCUUUUCGACGCUCAGCUGUUGGAAGAGCGCACUCGAAUUGCAUGUACUUGUACAUUGUACAUGGCAAUACAUAUGUAAAAUCACAUACAGAUGUAUGGAGGUGUGUUAGGCAUGUAUGUAUAUACGAGUGUGCAUGUAAGCAUUAAAACGAUUUACAAGCAAUAGCACUGAUUCUUUUAUGCAAAUUCUAUAUGCGAGUGCUCACGAAAAGUAACAGCUAUCGCAACAGCAACAACAGCAAACCUAAAACUCGACACAAAUUAACAAAUGCACGGUGAGCGGUGAGCGAUGAAGUAGAGAAGAUACUCAAUACAAAAACUGGCUUCACACUAGAAUUUAGUGAGCUCUCUUUUUAACCACAUUGUUCGCAUGAAAAGUGAAGAGCAAAAAAAGCAAUCAAUCCCACCCCACAAAUACUCAUUCAGGGGGGUUAGAAAACCUUUGUUUGCAUGCAUGUGUUUGUGUAUGUACUAUAUGCACUGGGAAGGCAACAAAAGAAGAGCGUUCGUUCGGCAAAAGGUGCGAGUGAGGCGAAUGAGUUGCUCCGUGUUACAAAAUGAUAUACACACGUACAUAUCGAUACUUGCUCAUAUGAAAACACUCAUGCUUAGUGUGUACGUGCCUCCAAUUAUACAUACGUACGAGUAUAUACUCAGCAGCCGUGGCCGGCCGCUAGUAGCGCAAGCAACAGCAGGCAAGCGGUGAGCGGUGAGUGUAGGCAAAAUGUGAAAAAAUCAACUCAGGAGCGCACAGCUAUCGUAUAAAUAAGCGGCUCGUGCAGCCGGUUUGGCAUAGUAGCUUCGAAACACUGCAAAGGUACACAUCUGAAACGGAAUAGUAACUGAAAAGAAGAAGCGAGUCAAAUAUUUACUUGUAGAAAGUGUGAAGAACGCGAGUUUCAUUCAAUGGUAGAUAUACAAGCAAGCAGUAAAGUUUAGAAAGCAGAUACAACAAAAUUGUUUCAAGAAGAAUUCUAUCUAUGCGAAUAAGUUACGUUCUAGUACUUAUUUUUUAGAAAAGCAGAAAGAACUCUGUAAUUUUAACAAGAAAAAAAUUGCCAUCUUAAGAAAAAGAAACAUAAAUUUUUUUUAAAACAAGCUGAAACGGACCAACGCCAUUUAAGUGAUAAUUUAACAAUAUAGAGUUAAAAUAGAAAGCAGAAUCAAGUGCUGUGAUUUCAAACUACAAAAAGUUAAUUUAAUAAAUUUUUUAAAUAACGGCAUUGGAAGGUAUACACUAAUCUUUCAAUGCAGCAGCAAGCAAUUCAACAACUUAACACAAAACGGAAAUUCAGCAAAUUGUGAUAUAGCAAAGGCAGAGCGAAGUUAAAGCGGAGAAAAUAACUUUUU